CUAAGUGAGGCUGCGCUAGGCUACGCUGGCAGCAGAUUUCCUCCGCCUAACACAUUAUCGAACACGAAUUUCUGAACCACUUUGCAGCAGUUGUAGGACGGUGCAGCAUGGUAUCCAGAAGGCCGAGAUCGUCUCGCCAGCCAGACGCAACCAAACAUGACACCGUUCAGAGACCAGCGAAGAAACGACGCACUGGAACAAGGAACGACGCUCCGCUAGAGUCCUUGGAGCCGACCGCUGAUUCCAACAAGUCACAAUGGACUACAUAUCGAGUGAGCCCAAUACCGAAUACCUACAACGCAACCUCCUUCCACGACGCUCUUCGUAUCAGUCUUCGGCUCGAAUCACAUACAACAUUGACCAUCCACUCCUUCGGUUCGGACUGGUCGCAGCAGAGAACCGCAACGAUCACAUUCAGCGACACUCCUUCCGGGCUAUACUCAGUUGGGGUUGAUGAUGUCUGCGGCAAGACAACAGAAUGGAAGGUGAACAUUGUUCAUCCAUUGUCUACACAAACCGACACUGUGUGCAUUGAUACACACUUUAAGGGUUUUACACCUGUUUCCCCGCUUGCUAAUGACGAGGAACAUUUGAUUGAUCACAGCUGUUAUUGCGCUAUACAUGCGCUGGGGAAGUCAUGCGCUUGGAGGAUUCAAGCCCAUAAUGAUACUUACAUGGUGGCUUCGGAGAUUCCCUGGCCAAAGGACCUUCCUCGAUUACGGGUAUUCAUAUACGGAUACGCAUGUGAUUUGACCACGGCCGAAUCGAUCAGUGGGGUUGAUGAUUACGCAGAUACCGCUUAGGCGGGCUGCUUAGGAACAGGCGGGGUCCAAGAACAAGGUAGGAGCACCUCGAUUCGCCUGCAUGCCGUCGCUGACCCACGAAGACCGGUCCUCCAGUACCCCUGGUGUUCAUUGCUCACCAGCCUUGGUGGCAUAGUCCUCAAACA